UUGUGGGUUUGCCCUGACCACUGCGGCGCAUUCAUUUUAUCACAAUAAAAAAUACUCUUAAGCCUAUGAUCUCUUGUAAAUCACCUGUGAAUGUUGAUAAAUGUAUUUAUUCACUGCCUAAUUGUCACACGACAGAGGUCAUAUUUUUUAUCUUAUCAUGCAUCCCAUGACUAGUGCCGACGGGGACAUAUUUGACUGUAUCCAGCGAGGGAACAUAGAUCAAUGUGCACAUAUCAUUCAACAUGAUCGAUCUGUACUCAAAGAAAAAGGCUGGGGUGGUUUCACCCCUCUCCACUUUGCGGCCCUCCAUGGUAAUCGUUCCUUGGUUAACCUGAUGCUAAGCAAUGGAGCUGACCCUAACUUGACCUGUGAUGCUGGAAUGACGGCCUUCCACUUUGCCUGCAGGCACGGUAAUGUAUACGUGAUGCACCAGAUGUUGCAACAUGGAGCAGACCUACGCAUUGUUGACCAUCAGGGAAAGACAUCCCUACACCACGCAGUUUCUGGAGGAAGCAUUUUGGCGAUGCAGUAUCUGUGGGAGACAGGUAUGUUCCGUUGGUGUGACGGAGACAUGUACAAUGUUACGCCUCUACAUCUGGCUGCUGACACUGGCAACACCGAGGUGGUACGCUUCCUGCUCCGCAACAAGAGGUGUAUGGUAGAGACUGUGGAUGAAGAUGGGUUGACAGCAGUUCAUGUGGCAGCAGAACGCGGCUGUGUAGAGGUGUGCUGGACGCUGCUCCAGAGAUCAGGCUUCAGGAUUCUGCAUUUGAAGACCUACAGUGGACACACGCCUUUGGACCUUUGCAGACAGGGAAAGACGUUCAGACACCAGCAGCUGAGCAAACUACUAAUCCGCUACAUGAGGGAGCCUCCCUUUAGCAAACCUGAGGAGUCCCAACUUCUAUACUGCUGGACACUGUUCUUCCCGUUACUGAUUGGAGGAGCCAUACUGAUUAUUGCUACUCUCCUGGGGGGUUACGGGGGGAUUACGUGUGUCGUGCUCUUCCCCUGGCUGGCUAGAAGUAUCUUCUCCCAGUUCCACCGCAUGACCACUUACCAGAGGUUACCAAACCCUGUUUACCUGGGGACUCUGAUAGCUGGGCUGUUCCACUCUCUGGUCUGCUUCUAUUGCCGAAUACUGCCACCUAGCCUGUGGGGGGAUGGUGUUCUGGGUCAUGUGUCGCUGGUUCAGUUCUCUGUGGUUCUAAUCCUGUUCUGGAGGGUUUUAACCCAGGAUCCUGGGGAGCUGGGACCAGGAGACGCAGAUCCUCGCUACUCUAACAUAUCCGACCUGCUAGAGAAUAACCAAAAUCCUCUGAGGUUCUGCAUCUACUGUGAGUUAUUUCAGCCAGAACAUACAAAACACUGUAAAUUGUGUGAUGUUUGUGUGAGGGACUACGACCACCACUGCCUGUUCCUGAAUCGCUGUGUCGGAAGGGGGAACCACCGCCUUUUCAUCAUCUUUAUCCUCUCCAUGGCCGCAGCGCACCUCCUCUUCAUCGCUACGGCGUCUUACCAUGUGUAUGUGGUGGUGAUGUCCCUAGAUGACCAGUCAUUGGUUAGGGCUGUGGCUGCCCAGUUCUGGGUGGUCGCUUUGACUAUAAUGAACAUUCUGACAAUUCUCUGGGAGGUGGGGCUGCUGAUUGAACAGUUUGAUGCCAUCGCCCUGGGUACGACGACAUACUUCAAACUCUCCUGCGAGACGCGGCAACGUUCGCUAGGACACCGCUGGAAGACAUUUCUUACCUUUCUGUUGGAGGGGAGGAGACGGUUGGAUAAUGGACAUGCCGAGGACAAGAGCUCCAUAGACAUUUAAACGGCAUAGACUCUAAAACCUGUGGCCAAAUAAAGAACAGUGUGUGAGUUUGAUCACUCUACUGUCCUUGAAACCAAUGGCAGCAUCAGUAAGACAGUUAGGCUGCCAAGCUGAAGCCCAGGCAUUUCCUUGGGAAGCUCACACAGGUAUUAACAACAAGUAGUUUGAAGGCCAGACUUAAUUCUGAAGGAUCUUGGCCUUAAAGGUAACCUCCUUUGAUUGUCUUUUGGAGUGGGAUCAUAUAGAAACUAUAUGUUUAAUAUAUUAAAUCUGGAAGACUGAAUGCGCAAGUCUUGCAUAGACUACAACUCAACUUGCCCCACUACUUGCAUUGACUUACUGUUAAACACUAUUUGUUAUAGAAAAUAUUUCCAACAUAUGCAUGUUGAGCCAUAGUUUUUUGGGGUUUUGUGUGACGCUCCAAGCUAUUUUAAACUGACAGUACUUCUACAAGGAACUAGUUUAUGAAUGACUGAUGAAUUUGCUCUUUCCUGUGAAGAAUAUUACACAGUAUAUUCUGUGGUGUCUGCUCCCAGAGGAGUCAGUUCGGUUUUACGUUUUAAAUGCACUGAAACUGUGUUUCACUGGAGAUAAGUGGUCAAUUGAAUCAUUACCUUAUGUAUUUUUGAGUACUUUCCACAAUACCUUUUUUAACCUUGGUGUCAUUUGUUGUUUAAAAUAAAGAUAUAAUACGAUGAAA